GCAACACACAACCAACUUGUUUUAUUUAUUUUUUUUUCAAAACCAUUCAAAAUGAGAGUAAUUUUACAAAAAGCUUUCAGAUUGACAUCGAUUGCAAAUGCUCGGAAAACAAUUUGUGCUCCACUCCAGAUGAGCAGCGAAGUGGAGAAAGCUACAAAAGCAAAAUUUGAUAAAAAUACUGAAACGAUAUUCGACAAGAUUAUUGCCAAAAAGAUUCCCGCUGAUAUUAUCUAUGAGGAUGAUCAAUGCUUGGCAUUUAACGAUGUGAAUCCUCAAGCACCGACUCACUUUCUUGUGAUUCCAAAAAAACCGAUUCCUAUGCUGGAUAAAUGUGAACAAAAUGAUCAAGAUAUCUUAGGGCAUCUUUUACUCGUAUCCAAGAAAUUAGCACAGCAAAGAUUGCCAAAUGGAUACCGUUUAGUUAUUAAUAAUGGAAAAGAGGGCUGCCAGUCCGUGUACCACCUACAUUUGCAUAUAUUAGGCGGACGACAAAUGAGCUGGCCACCUGGUUAAAUAAUUCGUGUUUGUUACAUAAGCUGUGAGGUAGAAGUUUGUAUGGUUCUUAUUAUAUAUUUUUGGAUUGUUUAGAGUCUACAGCGUUA